UAAAAAUAGGCAGAAGAGUUGGUAAAGCCUGUCUUUCGUCUUGUUUCGUCAGACCCAUCUCCGGUUCUUUUUCCAAAAGCAGUCCAAUACGAAUAGAACACUCUUUGAUUCUACAUAACCUCAGAACCCAUUGAAAUUCACUGCUAGUAUUUACUGUACCUCAUUUGAUUCACCAAAAUGGCAACCAACGACCCUUAUUCCGAUGUGAACUCAGCAGCGGUUGACAAUGGCGAAGACGUCAAAGUUCACGUGUUCUCAUCAUCAACAGAGUUGCUCGAAAAGCUGCAUGAAAACUGGAAUUCAGGGAAGGAGCAACCAUACCCAGCUAUGUAUUCUAGUGUUUAUGGUGGAAUUAUUCUUGAUCCAGCGAUGAUGGUUAUCCCCAUUGAUGAUCAUAUGGUUCACAGAGGACAUGGUGUGUUCGAUACAGCUAUUCUCCUUGAUGGACACCUGUAUGAGCUGGAGGUCCACCUGGAGCGUUUCCUCAGAUCCGCAUCGAAAGCCAAGAUUUCAUCUCCCUUCUCUAGAUCAACCCUCCGAACCAUUCUUAUCCAACUUGCGGCAGCAUCAAAGUGCAGAAACGGAUCCCUGCGAUACUGGUUGAGUGCGGGUCCUGGUAAUUUCUUGCUCUCACCGGCUGGAUGUCCAAAGUCUGCAUUCUAUGCAGUAGUGAUCAAGGAAAACAUUUUGCAGUGCAAACAAGGGGUCAAAGUAAUAACAUCUACUAUCCCCAUGAAGCAACCACUUUUUGCCACCAUGAAGAAUGUAAACUACCUACCAAACGUGCUUUCUAUAAUGGAAGCCGAAGAAACAGGGGCAUUUGCAUCCAUCUGGGUUGAUGAUAAUGGUUAUAUUGGAGAGGGUCCAAAUGUCAAUGUGGCUUUUAUUACCCAUGAUAAGGAGCUCAUUAUGCCUUUCUUUGAUAAGAUCCUCAGUGGGUGCACUGCCUUGAGGCUUCUUGAACUAGCACCCAAGUUGGUUGAGCAGGGGCUUUUGAAAAGUGUGCGAACCGGCGAUCUUACGGUUGAGGAAGCCAAAGGGGCGGCUGAAAUGAUGUACGUUGGAAGCACGCUUCCUGUUUUGCCUAUCAUCAUGUGGGAUGACAAACCCAUUGGAGAUGGAAAGGUGGGAGAGCUGACAAUGGCGCUUUCGGAUCUGGUUUGGGAAGAUAUGGUAGCAGGCCCUGAAACUCAGAGGUUAUCUGUUCCUUAUUAAGCAGAAACUCCAAGUUAUUCACCAAAUGAAGACGUUAUUGAACAAGUGCAUGAUAUUGCAUCGGGGAGCCGCAUUCUCUGAUAAUCUUGUUUGUUACUUAAUUGUUUACAGUAGUACGUAAAAUGCCCGGCCGGCGUUUGUAAAUUUGCUUUCUUCUUCUUUUUCUUUUCUCGGGUUUGUGAACGUUGGAAAAUAAGUCAUCAACAAUAUGUUUGAAGCAAGUUUGCUUUAUGUGAAAUUUAUCUGCCAUUAGAAUC